GCCCCGGCCUGGUGUUUGCACUGAAAUCAACAUGCAAAAUGAGCAUGUAGUCCUCAAAGUUACUCCCGAAUGAACCUCUGAAGUUUUCAUGUCCAUGUAUCCAUCAUGGCAAAACGAAAACAUGCAGAACCAUCUCCCUCUCCUGAAGUGGCCGAAACGCCUUCGAAGCGCCGAAGAAAGACCACCGAAGCAAGUUUAACAAACGGCGUACACCGUGAUGAAGAUGCCGCACCAUCGCCCAAGAAACAAGAGACCCCAUCUCGAAGAAAGAGGAAAUCUGCAGCGGAUCUAAUACAAGAGGAGGAAGAUCUCGAAAAUGGCAGCCCGACACCCAAAACCAACGGUCGCACAUUGUUCUCGACGCCACGACGGAACAAAGCUGGCGCUACGACCCCUUCAAAGUCCAAAGCAGAUCGUUCGGCCCGUCGCAAGAGCGCUCAAGCUAUUGCCCUGGCCCAGGACGAAGACGAAGAUCAGGAUGACUGGGACGGUCAGGCCGCGCUGGCAAGGGAGAUUCUAGAAGACGAUGACCACGAACGUCUUGUCGCAGCAGAUCAACCAGACGGAGAAGGAGAAGGACAAGAAGCCACAACACCUACACAGACACCAUCUCGAGGUCGUGGUCGUCCGAAGGGCGCAAAGAACAAACGCUCACCCACACCCGAAGGCAACAUACCUCCUGAAGAACGGUAUUUCUUUCAGAAUCGUGCCGGUCCGCCUCAGAUCUCCAGCAACAAAUUCACGUCCGUCAAACUGCUCACGCACGAAGACUACUUUGAGAACAUCCAGACCUUCAAAGACCCCCACGAAAGCCACAUAUCACAUCUGAUGAGGCUGCACACCCGAUCGUUCGCACAGUGGCAGUUUGAGCUUUCCCAAGGCUACGGUCUAUGUCUGUACGGAUACGGCAGCAAGCGCGGACUGGUCAACAAGUUCGCAGAACACAUGUACACCCAACUGUCCCUCAAGGGCGGGACGAAACCGAAAAUCGUGAUCGUCAACGGAUACACACCCAAACUCAACAUCCGCCACAUCCUGAACACGGUCGGGAGUGCAAUCACGGGUGAGGACUCGACGCUCCGACUCGUGGGUCAACCGCACGAAAUGCUCGACACACUCUUCACCCACCUCGGCGAACCCGUGGUGGUCAUGAUCAACUCGAUCGACGCCGCGCCCCUGCGUCGAAGCGGCGUGCAAUCCGUUCUCGCCCGCCUCGCCGGACACGAAAUGAUAUCCUUCCUCGCGACUGCGGACAGCCCGAGCUUUGCAACAAUGUGGAAUUCCAGUCUCCUCGAUCAGUUCCGGUUCGUGUACCACGACUGUACGACUUUCGCUGGCUACGAUGCCGAGAUUAAUGUGGUCGAUGACGUCCAUGAACUUCUCGGUCGGAAGAGGACGCGCAUCGGGGGUAAAGAAGGUGUCGGGUUCGUUCUCAAAUCCCUCCCUGAGAACGCACGCAAUCUAUACAAGUUGCUGCUUUCGGAAAUUCUGGUCAUAUUGGCUGAAGGUGGUGGUGUCGGCGGCAGCUACGGCGACGAUGAAGACGACGCUGGGCCGGGAUCAAAACGUGGACGAGGAGGAGGAGGAGGAGGAGGACCAAACAGAGCAGGAGUUGAGGGGGCCGGCAGCGCAGACGAGGUCGGCGUCGAGUAUAGGGUAUUGUACCAAAAGGCCAGCACGGACUUUAUAUGUUCGAGUAGCAUGAACUUUCAAUUCUUGUUGAAAGAGUUUCACGAUCAUCAGUUGAUAACGAGCCGGAGGGACGCGACGGGUACGGAGAUGUUGGGUGUCCCGUUGGGGAGAGACGAGAUGGAAGCCGUCUUGGAGGAUCUCUCUGGAUGAUACUACGAAACGCUCCCGAUAUAGAUAUAUGUAUACACGCUGGUACUCC